AUGAAUCAAAUAGUAGUUAAGAUUAACAUUACAGCAUUUAGAUUUCUCCUUUUCACUAUAAGCUAUAAAGCUGGAGGGAGUGGUGCCACUGAAAUCGCACUCACUCCCUCGCCACUUAGGAUCAUUGUUUUCCGAUCUGUAAGGGGAAAAAGAAAGAUGAAGAGAGGGAAAGAUGAAGAAAAAACCAUGGGGCCAAUGUUUCCAAGGCUUCAUGUGAAUGAUACUGAAAAAGGAGGUCCACGAGCUCCUCCUAGAAACAAAAUGGCUCUUUACGAACAGCUUAGUAUACCUUCACAGAGGUUCAAUGGCGGAGCGUUGCCCUUUAACCCUAAUUCCACCGUCAACUCUGUUCCACCGUCAUCUUCAACACCGGGCACCAUGAAUGAAAGGGCUACGUUUUCCCCACUUCAACAAUCGUCUUCAAUGCACCCAACCAGGAUGAUGACAGACAAUCGCCAUUCUGAACUCAACAAUCAACGUGUCCAACAACAAGAACAUAAAAGGAGACAAGAAGAUGACGACUUUAGGGUUCCAAUCUUUGAUCAACAAUCUGGAACAAGUCAAAAUCAUCAAAACAGAGAAAACGAAGGCAUCACUCCAUUUGGUGCAGCAGCCUUUUCAGGUCGUUUAUCAAAUGUUCAGAAUGCUAGACAAAUCAUCAAUAAACCUCAAAAAGAAAACUCUCAAGAUUUUACUAGAUCUGCCUCAAAUCAACUGUCCAGGCAAAACCCUAAAGUUCCUUUGAAGGAGACGAACGAAUCUUCAAAUUAUAGUCACAGACAUGCUUCAAAUAAUGGGAAUUUAAGGGAUUACAGAGGUGGUGACUCACAAGCUGAUAACACUUUGUGGGGUGACAGCGGUUUAAAUGAAGCAUCUAAAGCUAGUGGGUAUGAGAAUACUUCGGUUCCAGUAAUGGAGGCUUUAAGAAGCCCUAAUAAUAAUGAUCCUACGAAUGCUGAUGCUGUUUCAGAGACGUCGAUGGUGGAUUCCAUUUGUGGAGUCGAUAUUUCUCCUGAUGAUGUUGUAGGGAUUAUUGGUCAAAAACAUUUUUGGAAAGCAAGAAGAGCUAUUGUCAACCAACAAAGAGUCUUUGCUGUUCAAGUGUUCGAGCUCCACAGAUUGAUAAAGGUGCAGAGAUUAAUAGCUGAAUCACCUCAACUUUUGUUUGAAGAAAACUUGUAUUUAUCAAAACCACCAAAAGUCACUCCAAUCAAGAAAAUUCCCAUUGAAUAUGUUAUAAAACCUAAAAACCAAAAUGACGAAAACGCCCUUGCCCUCGAGAAGCCGAAUGAUGAGACAGAAUUUUCAGCUGAAAAUGCACCCGGGAAAGCGUCUUUAUCCACCGUUCAAAAUGGCAGUCAGACAACUUAUUGCAGACCGUUUUCCGGCAACCCGUUACCGGUGCCGCCGCCACCUGCCGACAUCGCCUCGUGGAAUUACAAUCCGCCACCUGGACACCAAUGGUUGAUUCCGGUCAUGUCACCAUCUGAAGGACUCGUGUACAAACCCUACCCGGGACCCGGGUUCAUGAACCCGGUUUAUGGUGGUUGUGGGCCCAUGAUGGGACCUAAUUUCGGUAACUAUGGUGUCCCCCAUCCUUCUGAUCAUCAUUAUGAAGGUCCAACCGGGGUUCACCCUUUUGCACCUCCGGCUAGCCAUGGCUACUUUCCAUCUUACAACAUGCCACCGGUCAACCCACCCGUCUCGACCCAGACCCAGACCCAAACCCUGACCCCGACCCAGACCCGGGUCAAGGUUAAAGCAUGUAAAGAUAGUGAGGUACAAGUGAGUACAGCAAGCAGUCGAAGUGACAAAACAUGGAAUCGAAACGCGCUUUCUCUUUUUCCGACGUCUCCUCCUCCGGCGGCACCUGUGGCAGCUCCGGCGGUGGCUCAGGUGGGAGUGGCGGAGGAGGCGCCUCGUGUUAUUAGAGUUGUGCCUCAUAACGCCAGGUCAGCAACUGCCUCUGUAGCACGGAUUUUUCGGUCUAUACAAGAGGAAAGAAAACAAGUAUGAUUCAGGUGGGAUAUGUUGGUGUUGUACUUUGUGCUUAUUUUGUGGUAAGUUUUGGGUAAAUGUGUUUAUUUUUGGGGACGUUAAGUGAUGUAAUAUGCGAAGAUUUGGUGUUGUAAAAAUGCUUGCUUUUGAAGAUGUACACAUGAUGGAAUGCAAAUCAAAACUUAAGCAUAUGCAGUCAUCUUUAUCAGUUUAUUGUAUUAAUAUUAUUUUUUGUAUUGACGAAUAUUUUCAUCUGCUUAACUGAUAAUGUUGGUAA